AUGACGGCUGAGUUUGCGUUGCUCAAGUCGAAACUCGCGUCGAUUGAGAGCACACAAGAUCGCCUCGCGGCUGAGUUUGCUGCUUUGAAAGAGCAGUUUACGGAGCUGAACACGGAUAAGGGACCUGCGUUGGAAGAGUUGGACAAGAAGAUCGAGGCACUCAAGAAGAUUGUGGAAAUUGACCAACAGCGACUUCCUGCGCGUUUGAACAACUCUCGGUGUACAGUUUUGAAGAUGGGUCUCAAGGCACCUGUUGGAAACUGA